AUGCUGUCGAUAUACAUUGGAGUAUAUAAAGCAUUGUAUGACUACACUGCACAAGCAGAUGAAGAGUUAACCAUACAAGAAAAUGAUCUAUUGUAUUUGUUAGAGAAAUCGGAUAUUGAUGAAUGGUGGAAAGUUAAAAAGAGAGUGAUAGCAACUGGAGAUGAAGUUGUUGAUGAACCUUCUGGUUUAGUACCAUCAACAUAUAUCGAGGAAGCACCAGUAAUUAAAACCGCUACUGCAUUGUAUGAUUAUGAGAAACAAACUGAUGAAGAACUUUCUUUCAAUGAGAAUGAGAAGUUUUACGUUUAUGAUCUCAAUGAUCCAGAUUGGAUAUUAGUUGGUGACUUACAAAAACAAAAGUUUGGGUUUGUUCCUUCAAAUUAUAUUCAAGUUGAUGAGUCGACUGCUCAAGCACAAGCUCCAGUUCAGCCACAACAACAGUUUCAACAACCACCGCCACAACAACAGCAACAAGUCCCACCACAGCAGAUUAAUAUUCCAGCUGCUGUGAGUAACUUUCCACCUCCACCAGUUCAUAAAGAUAGAACUCCUGAUUUUCCACCACCUCCUGUUCACAAGGAUAGAACCCCAGUUGGUGGUCCACCUACGCCGGAAAAGGAUUACCCUCGUGCCUUUGAACAAGAUAAUCGUCCAGGAUAUCAAACUUCAAGAAGUUAUAGUGGCCAACAAGAAGAAUACGAGGAAGUCGAAGAAGAAGAAGCUCCACCUCCAAUGCCAACUAGACCUUCUGGUUCUAAUGUAGCAGAACCCGAACCAGUUGUUGGCUCAUCAUCAAACUAUGAAGAGGAAGCCGACGUUGAUAAUGAAGGUAAUAAAACUCAUACCUAUGAUGGUGAAUUCUUUACUUGGUAUAUCGAUGAAGUUGAUGGACGUAAAAAAAGAGCCAUUAAGCUUUCAAUUGGUCAAGGAUUAGUCAUUAUCAAACCAAACACAACCAACCCAAAGAGAUUAAGAUUAAGAUCUUCAUCAUCUUUAGAUAAUCAAUGGAGAAUCAAAGACUUGGUAACAUUCAGUCAUGAAAAGAAGCAUGUUUUCUUGGAAUUCAAAAACCCAGCCACUUCUUUAGAAUUGCAUGCUGGAUCUAAAGAUGUCGCACAAGCAAUUAUGGCAAUAUUAGGAGACUUAAAGGGUGCCGAAUCUGCCCAUGGCUUGAAAGAAGUUGCUAGAGCUUCACAGGCAUCUACUAAUUCUAAGAACAGAAAGAUUGGUCGUUUGCUUUAUGACUUUGAAGCUCAAGGUUCAGAUGAAUUGAAUUGCAGAGAAGGUGAUGAGGUUUACAUUGUUGAUGAAAAGAAGUCCAAAGAUUGGUGGAUGGUUGAAAAUGUUGAUACUGGUAAACAAGGUGUCGUCCCAUCCACCUACAUUGAAAUUGUUGGAACUUCCAAUUUAGAUAAAUUAACUGAUGGACCGUUGAGACGCAAAUCAGGCAGAUCUAAAGGUAGGGUUGUCGAUGGUAAAGAGAAACGUUAUCACAGUAGAAAUAGAGAAGAGCGUGAUAGAAUUAGAGAAAAAGAUAGAGCUCAAAGAGAUAAACAGGCUGCCUCAAAUCGUGACAAUGAUCAACACGAUAAGGACAAAUCAAUGCCAAAUUAUCAUAGAGUUAGAACAUGGAUCGAUAGUUCUGGUACCUUCAAGGUCGAAGCUGAAUUUUUGGGUUGUAUUGAAGGUAAAGUACACUUGCACAAAACUAAUGGGGUCAAGAUUGCCGUUGCAGCUGAAAAAUUAUCUGUUGAAGAUCUUGAAUAUGUUGAAAGAGUCACUGGUACUUCAUUAGAAAGUUACAAAGAACAAGUUAUGAAACAACAAGCUAAAAGAGCAAGAUCUAAGAGCAAGUCAGGUGCUGCAAAUGUGUCUAGUCCUACUGAACCUAGACGUGCCCCUUCAGGUACCGCAGUCAUUAAUGAUGUUGGUCCACCACCACCAAAACCAACAAGACCACAAGGUACCACUAAAGAAGGUGUUCCUGCAUAUGAUUGGUUUGAUUUCUUCCUUGAAUGUGGUGUUGAUAUUGGUAACUGUCAACGUUAUACCCUUAACUUUGAACGUGAGCAAAUGGAUGAAAAUAUUUUGGAAGAUAUUUCCCCUUCUUUGUUGAGAACUUUGGGAUUGAGAGAAGGUGAUAUUAUUAGAGUUAUGAAAUUCUUGGAUAAUAAAUUUGAUAGAAAGAGUCGCUCAGAAGAACCACAACCAAGUGGUGGAUUAUUUAUUGACAAUAAUGGUGCUUUGAAAAACAAUAGCACCACUGAAGUAUCAAAAGUUACUGCUGGUGCUUUACCUUCACCAGUUAAAGUUCAAGCUAGUACACCAUCUCCGGCUCCUCCAGCUGCUCCAGAACAAGCUACAAAAUCUGCUAACAAGAUUGAAGAUGAUGCGUGGGCUAUGAAACCAGCUGCUAGAUCUAGUGAAGAUCUUCUUAAAGCUCCAUCUCAACCACAAUCAAAUUCACAACCUCAAACACCACAAUAUACUGGUGCGUUGUCUGAUCUUGUUAACAUCAAACCAGUUGAAACUAAAAAUGUCCCAUCUAAACCAGAACAAGCUCCAGCUGCUCCAGUGCUUCAACCAAAUAAGACUGCUCAAAAUCCUCCUACAGUUGUUCCUCAACAAAAGACCGGUACACUUGUUCCUGCUCAACGAACUGGUGGUUUAAUUCCAGUUCAAAGAACAGGUGCCGGUUUGGUUCCAAUGACAACCGGUGGUUUAUUACCUGCUCAACCUACUGGAUUUGUCCCAAUUACUGCUCAACCAACUGGUUUCAUUCCAAUUCAAGCAACUGGUAUUUUACAACCCCAAGUCACAUUUGGAAUCAUUCCAUUACAACCGGGUGUUACAACUUUUAACAUUCAAAAAACUGGACCAGAGAGAACAGCCAGCGCACCACCAGCCACUACAUUUGGACAACAACCAACAUUCCAACCAACUUUUGUUCCUUUGCAAACUGGUAAUGUGACUAUGCCUCAAACUACAUUUGGCGCUCCGAUGAUUGGUCAGCUCACUGGCGGAGCACCCCCACAAACCUCCUUCAACCAAACACCAUUGGUUCCAGCCCAGAGAACUGGAGGUACCCAAAUCACAGGUGGUUUUGUUCCACAAUCUAAUUUUGGUAAACAAAUUACAGGUGGUUUCAUGAAUACAAACACAGUUCUCCAACAGAUAACUGGAGGAUUACCACCACAAACCUCAUUUGGUCAAGCCCAAUUAACUGGUGGUUUGCCUCAAACCUCAUUCGGUCAAGCUCAAUUAACUGGAGGAUUACCACCACAAACUUCAUUUGGUCAAGCCCAGGUAACUGGUGGUUUACCUCAAACUAGUUUUGGACAAUCCCAAUUUACAGGAGGAUUGCCACAAACCAGUUUCACACAACCUCAAAUUACAGGUGGGUUGCCACCGCAAACAUCCUUUGGUCAGCAAUCAUUUGCACAACAAGCAACUUCAAACCCAUUCCCACAACCAGCAUUUAAUAAUUUCCAACAACAACAACAACAACAACAACCUAUGUUUAAUCAAUUCCAACAACAGCCACAACCAGAUAUGAACCAAAUGACAAACAUGUUCCAGAAUACUGGUAUUUCUGCUCCUCCUACAUUUAAUCAGCAAAUUCCAGCAUCCAUGCCUCCUACUACAUUUGGUCAACCACAAGUACAACCACAAUUUGAAGGAUUUGGCAACGCUCCUUUACAAUCACAACCUACUGGAAUGGGUUUUGGUAAUGCUCCAUUGCAAUCACAAGCUACGGGUAAUAGAAAAGCUAACAUCCUGGCUGCCACUCCAGACAAUCCAUUUGGUUUUUAA